GUCAAUACAGGUCAAGAUCAGCAGUUCAAAGGACGAGUCUCACAUUUUUCAAAUAAACUGAAGUCAGGCAACGCCUCCAUAAUCAUCAGAAAUACGAUGGUGGCUGACAGUGGAGACUACACCUGUGAACUGACAAAUCUUAAUUUAAGUCAAACGUUCCACUUUCAGCUUCGUGUUCUUGAGAAAAAAGUUAUCAAAGUGGACGAAGGAAGAGACGUCACUUUACCCUGUUCACUCAGCAGCAGACAGGACAUUACCCCAGAGAUGUUUGAGUGGAAGAAAGAUGGUCGUCAGGUGUUCCUGUAUGAUGCCGGCGAUCAUUCUGAUAACGUUAAUACAGGUCAAGAUCAGCAGUUCAGAGGACGAGUCGAACAUUUUCCAGAUAAACUGAAGUCAGGCGACGCCUCCAUAACCAUCAGAAAUACGAAUGUGGCUGACACUGGAGACUACACCUGUGAAUUUCCAUAUCUUCAACCAAAACAAAUGUUCCACAUGAAGUUUGUUCUUGAAUUUCAGCUGAUCUGA